CUCUAGCGUUAAACGUGCAAUUUUGUCAGCUGAAAAUGGUGGCUGCUCCUGACAACGAGGGCAGCCUCUCGUUGCAUCUCUCUCGCCUCUGCUGAAUGGAACCACUUGAGUACGCAUUCCCCACCCUAAAAAUAGAAGCCAAGGUUGGAAGCCGAGGAUCAAGACAGCAACAAUGGCAAAGAAAUUACUCUUUUUUUGCUUUCCCAUCCCUGUCCUGUAUCAUGCUCCUGCCGGGGCUCCUAGAUUGGUGGCGUCCCAAUCAUUAUUCCCGGGUAAAUUGGUUCGCUGCCGUCAAGAAUCGCAGAUCCAACCAGAAGGACCAAUCUUAGUGUGCCAGAACUGUAUCACAAUUCCAAUUUUAGGCCAACAUUUGGGUCUAAGAAACAUUAAUUAACUAAGGUCGAACUCGAGGUGAGAAGUACCUGCAGGGGAGGAAUCUAUUAGUUCCUGUGCAUCCUUUAGGCAGCUGUGGUAAUCCCUAUUGGGGGAGGUACCAAUGGCCGGUUAAUUUGGUGAUCCAUUGAGCUGUGCAAGCAAGCAAAUACCAUAGGAUUACAAGAUGAGAUGGCAGAGGAGCAAAUUCAGUUGGCUCCUCAGCGCAUGCCUCAUUUGUCUGCUGCUGCAGCUGGUUGGUGCGAUCAGGACUAGCUUGUUCUGGCCACAAUCUUGCCUGCCGUCUCCUGCAAUCCCAAGAGAAGAUGAAUCGGUGGAACAACUGUGGCACAGUUGUGCUCUCGACUUGAGAAUUCCUCAAGAUGUUAGAAACAAGUUCCAUUACAGCCUUCUGUUCAACACCAUCAGCAAUUCGUAUAGAGAAAAUGAUAAUAAGUCCUAUCCUCAGAAGGUCGGCAUUGAGGAAGCAACCACGGCAACCUUUUCACCUGCAGAAGUUGCCAACACUUUUCUGGAUUGCUUAAACAAGCAUAAUUUCCCUUUCUCUGAUCAUGGACUGCAGAAGCAUCAGGAGGAAACCAUAAGCUUACUUCCCAACUCUAACAGCAUCAACCUUCCUUUUGCGAUGAAAAGAAGACGUCUACUUGAAGAAGAUUCAGCCAUUGCUCCACCCCGACCUAAAGCAAAACAGGCAAUAAGAAGCGUUUUGUCUUCCGAAGGAGAGGCUCACUUGCUAGUCACUACCGUGAAAAAGUCCGGUAAACCAGAGCCCAAAAACAAGAGCAAGGACAACAGUGGCACUAUUAUUGCUGGUUUGUCAGUGGCUUGUGUUGCAUUGGUGGCUCUUAUAUGUCUGUGUUGCUGUGCUUGUCGUGGAAGCGAAGACCCAGAAUCAUCAUAUGAUGACAAACCACUGCUGAGUUUGAAUAUGAGUGAUUUAUCAGGUUCUUCACGUAAAUCAUGCUCUACCCCAAUUGAUGUCAACAGGUUGGGGGCAUUGUCAACCAGUUCAUCAGCGAGCCAGCGUAAAGAAUUUAAAUUUCCUCCUAUAAAGGCAGAAGUUAGAGAAAUGUCAAUGAAGUCAGAGUUUGAGCGACGCAGCAAUGUGCAGGCGAUGAAACUAAGUUCUCAUGAAAUAACUACCAUUGCUGGACGUCCGGCGACCUCUACUAAUUCUCAGGAUGUGAAAUCUGCUGUUGCUGCAGUUCCUUCUAGUAAUGCCAGCGACAGCAUAUGUAAACCUGCAGCUGGUCCAGCACCAGCACCACCACCACCACCACGUCCAGGUUAUCCUCUCCCAAAGGCUCCUCCUGCACCAUCUGCACCAACACCACCGGUACCACCUCCAAAGAUGCCUACAGCUGCUGGUUCGAGCAAUCCACCCCCACCAGGACCCCCACCGCCUCCUGCUCCCAGGCCUGCAGUUGGACCCGGACCUCCACCAUCACCAAGUAGUGCCGGACCCGGACCUCCACCCCCACCAGGUAGAGGUGGAGCUGGACCUCCACCACCAGCCAUGCCUGGUGGUCCAAAAGCGCGUGGUCCACCACCAUUGAAGAAGGCAGGGAAUGUUGCAGGUCCUCCUGUGGCAGACAAUAAAACAAAGCUGAAGCCAUUCUUCUGGGAUAAAGUUACUGCAAAUCCGGAUCAAGCAAUGGUGUGGGAUCAAAUUAAAGCAGGAUCCUUCCAGUUUAAUGAGGAGAUGAUCGAGAGCCUUUUUGGUUGUCAUGCUGCUGACAAGAAAAAUGCUGACGGCAAAAAGGAUUUAGCAGCAAAGGAUACCCCUCAAUUUGUUAGGAUACUCGAUGCUAAAAAGGCACAGAACUUAGCGAUAUCACUGAAGGCAUUGAGUGUUUCAGCUGACGAAGUACGUAAUGCAGUUAUGGAAGGGCAUGAACUCCCUAUUGAUCUGAUACAAACCUUGAUAAGGUGGACUCCAAGCAGCGACGAGGAGCUAAGGCUUCGGUUAUACACCGGGGAGCUCACUCAACUGGGUCCUGCAGAGCAAUUCUUGAGGACCAUCAUUGACAUACCUUACCUCUAUCAGCGCCUGGAUGUGUUGCUUUUCAUGUCCACUUUGCCGGAAGAAGCUGCAAAUGCAGAACAAUCAUUUAAAACCCUGGAGGUGGCCUGCCAUGAGCUUCGGAACAGCCGUCUAUUCAAGAAGCUGCUAGAGGCUGUACUCAAGACUGGCAACCGGAUGAACGAUGGCACCUUUCGAGGUGGGGCCCAGGCGUUCAAGCUGGACACCCUCCUGAAGCUCUCAGACGUGAAGGGGGUCGACGGCAAGACGACGCUGCUUCACUUUGUUGUCCAGGAGAUCAUUCGGUCAGAGGGCGUGCGUGCCGUUCGGGCCGCCAAAGAGCAGAACAACAGCAGCAUAUCCAGCGUGACUUCUGACGAUCUCACCGAGGAUGUCAGCGAUGACACGGAGCACUACAAGCAGCUAGGCCUGGGCGUUGUUUCGAGCCUGGGAGACGACCUCCAGAACGUGCGGAAGGCAGCAAUCCUGGACGCCGAUACGCUGACCAUCUCGGUGGCGAGCCUGGGGCACAAGUUGGUGAAGGCGAAUGAGUUCUUGAACACGGGCAUGAAGAGCUUAGACGAGGACAGUGGGUUCCAUCGCAAGCUUGGCGAGUUCAUCGAGCAGUCCCAGGUGCGUGUGACCCAGCUUCUGGAGGAGGAAAAGAAGCUACGGGCGCUGGUACGCACUACUGUAGACUACUUCCAUGGGAGCACAGGGAAGGAUGAGGGCCUACGGCUGUUCGUCGUUGUCCGCGACUUCCUGGGAAUCCUGGACAAGGUGUGCAGAGAGGUGAAAGAGGCGGCUGCCAAGGCUGCUGCUAAUAACAAGAAACCUUCAGCGGCAGGAUCAGGAUCAAAGGGAAGGCAACCGUCGCAGUCUUCUUCGUCGUUCCGUGAUCCUCGACAGCAGCUGGUGCCCGCAAUUAAAGAUCGGAGGAGUGCAGCGGCACGCAGCUCUAGUUCAUCUUCUGAUUCUGACUGACUGACAGCAAAGAAUUUGUGCAGAUCACACCAGAUUGAUGAGGUGAUAUGGGAGCACAGCAGGUAGAAGAGUUAGCGGCUAUCUAGUUAUGGAUUGACUCGCUUACAGCAGAAUGAAAAAGAGUUAGGGACACUACGCCCUGGUAGGUUAAUUUAGUAUGCACAUGAUCUCAGGCUCUCAGCUUUCGCCUCCGUAAAUAUUAUUUUAUACAAAUGUACAUCCUAGAUAUGUAUACAAAGAUCGUUCAUGGCUUAAUGAAUAAUAUUAUUUUAUACAAAUACCUUAUAAUAUAUAUUGUUUGUGGA